UUUUUUUUUUCUAUUCUUGUGAAGCAGAGAAAAAGCUCUGCUGCAUCUUCUUCACUCACUCGCAGCAGCACUUCCCAAAUUUCUCAGUAAAUUGAAAUCUUUAAAGCAAGUCUCACCACUGUUACUCCCAGGGCAUUUUGGUUUUUACUCUCAUUGUCUGAAGUCACUGAAUCAGAACUCUCUUCUGCGCUUGAGAUCUCUCAGUCUUCUCUUAGAAUCUGAAGUUUUCUCCCGAGAAUCUAACUUUUUGUAAGCAACAAUGUCCCAAAAGGUGACUCCAUCCAUGGUGUCUCUUAAAUCUUUGCCAGCAGACUACAGAUUCGAUGGUGAAAAUUCUUCUAGAGCGAGUGUUGGCUUGAGGAAUGGUGUUAGUCAAGCUGGAGAUAGUGAGGAUUCACCAUAUAGUGGUCACGGUGUGUCCCUUGAAGAGCAGUCUUUAACUGAUGAUGUGGAUCCUGGUGCUGCUACAAUGCCCUUGCCUCAGAGUGAUGAACGCAGGUGGAGUGAUACUAGCGCAUAUGCUCGGAAGAAGGUACUGCAAUCUUGGGUUCAACUUCCAAAUGGUAACUGGGAGCUUGGGAAGAUACUGUCAACUUCAGGAGAAGAGUCUGUUAUCUCUUUGCCAGAGGGAAAAGUUAUAAAAGUUAUAUCAGAGACUCUAGUACCUGCAAAUCCUGAUAUUCUUGAUGGAGUGGAUGAUCUAAUGCAACUAAGUUACUUAAAUGAGCCAUCAGUGUUGUACAAUCUCAACUAUAGGUACAACCAAGACAUGAUAUAUACAAAAGCAGGGCCGGUUUUGGUGGCUGUGAAUCCUUUCAAGGAGGUUCCUUUGUAUGGAAAUCGCUACAUUGAAGCAUACAGGAAGAAAUCAAAUGAAAGUCCUCAUGUGUAUGCCAUUGCAGAUACAGCAAUUCGUGAAAUGAUACGCGAUGAGGUUAACCAAUCUAUCAUUAUCAGGUUAGUCAAACGUCAUCUUUUAAGUGGAUUUGUCGAAUGUAGUGCUUCUAGUUUGGGUAUAUUGUGGUGUAUUCUUGUUACAAGAUUCUCUUUGUCAUACAGCGGCGAGAGUGGAGCAGGGAAAACUGAGACAGCUAAGAUCGCUAUGCAAUACUUGGCUGCUCUAGGAGGUGGAAGCGGGAUCGAGUAUGAGAUACUUAAGACUAAUCCCAUUUUGGAAGCAUUUGGAAAUGCUAAAACUUUGAGAAAUGAUAACUCUAGUCGUUUUGGGAAGCUGAUAGAGAUUCAUUUUAGUGAAAGCGGAAAGAUAUCGGGUGCUCAAGUUCAGACCUUUUUACUAGAAAAGUCUAGAGUGGUUCAAUGUGCUGAAGGGGAAAGGUCAUACCAUAUAUUUUACCAACUUUGUGCUGGGGCUUCACCUGGACUUAGAGAGAAGCUAAAUCUGACAAGCGCACAUGAGUUUAAAUACUUGGGACAGAGUAACUGUUAUUCAAUCAAUGGAGUUGAUGAUGCUGAACGUUUUCAUAGUGUUAAGGAAGCUCUUGACAUUGUUCAUGUUAGUAAAGAAGAUCAAGAAAGUGUGUUCGCAAUGCUUGCUGCAGUGUUAUGGCUGGGGAAUGUUUCCUUCACCGUUAUUGACAAUGAAAACCAUGUUGAGCCUGUGGCAGAUGAAAGUUUGUCAACUGUUGCUAAAUUAAUUGGGUGCAACAUCAAUGAGCUUAAGCUAAGUUUAUCGAAACGUAACAUGAGAGUUGGAAAAGAUACCAUUGUGCAGAAGCUAACACUACCGCAGGCCAUUGAUGCAAGAGAUGCUUUAGCAAAAUCGGUUUAUUCGUGCCUGUUUGACUGGCUGGUUGAACAGAUCAACAAGUCUCUUGCAGUGGGGAAGAGGCGAACUGGGAGAUCCAUCAGCAUUCUUGAUAUCUAUGGCUUCGAAUCAUUUGAUAAAAAUAGCUUUGAGCAGUUCUGUAUAAAUUAUGCAAAUGAGAGAUUGCAGCAACACUUUAACCGUCAUCUAUUCAAGCUGGAGCAAGAGGAAUAUAUCCAAGAUGGUAUUGACUGGACAAGGGUUGAUUUUGAGGACAACCAAGAUUGUCUGAGUCUCUUUGAAAAGAAACCAUUGGGGCUGCUUUCUCUUUUGGACGAGGAAUCAACAUUUCCGAAUGGCACAGAUUUGACACUUGCAAACAAGCUAAAACAGCAUCUACACUCUAAUUCAUGUUUCAGAGGAGAUCGAGAGAAGCUUUUCACAGUUGUGCAUUAUGCAGGAGAGGUUACAUAUGACACAACAGGAUUUCUAGAGAAGAACAGAGACCUGUUGCACUUGGAUUCUAUUCAGCUUUUGUCCUCUUGCUCGUGCCACCUUCCUCAAGCGUUUGCUUCUAGCAUGCUGAUCCAAUCCGAAAAACCUGUAGUCGGUCCUUUGUACAAAGCAGGUGGUGCUGAUUCCCAGCGGUUGAGUGUAGCUACCAAAUUUAAGGGUCAACUAUUCCAAUUGAUGCAACGUUUAGGGAACACUACCCCACAUUUCAUUCGUUGCAUCAAGCCAAAUAACGUUCAGUCUCCAGGGUUGUAUGAGCAAGGACUUGUCUUACAGCAGCUAAGAUGUUGUGGGGUCUUAGAAGUGGUUCGAAUCUCACGGUCUGGAUUUCCUACAAGAGUGUCUCAUCAGAAAUUUGCCAGAAGGUAUGGUUUCCUUCUGGUGGAGAACAUUGCUGAUAAAGAUCCUCUAAGUGUCUCAGUUGCGAUCCUCCAUCAGUUUAAUAUCUUGCCGGAGAUGUACCAAGUUGGCUACACGAAGUUGUUUUUCAGAACCGGACAGAUUGGGGUUCUUGAAGAUACAAGGAACCGUACACUCCAUGGCAUUUUACGUGUCCAAAGCUCUUUUAGAGGAUACCAAGCACGAUGUCACCUGAAGGAGCUUAAAAUGGGGAUAUCCAUUCUUCAGUCAUUUGUUCGUGGAGAUAAAGUAAGAAAAGAGUUUGCCGAGUUACGAAGGAGGCAUAGGGCUGCAGCUACUAUACAAAGCCAAGUUAAAAGCAAGUUUGCUAGGAAACAGUAUAAGGGUAUAACCGAUGCGUCGGUUUUGAUACAGUCAGCAAUUCGUGGUUGGUUGGUUAGAAGAUGCUCAGGAGAUCUUAGAUGGCUAAAAUCUGUAGGCACUAAGACAAAUGAGUCAGGCGAGGUACUAGUGAAGGCAUCUGUACUUUCCGACCUUCAACGUAGAGUACUUAAAUCUGAAGCUGCUCUGCGUGAGAAAGAAGAGGAGAACGACAUUCUUCAACAGAGGCUUCAACAGUACGAGAACCGUUGGUCAGAAUACGAGACAAAGAUGAAAUCAAUGGAAGAAAUCUGGCAGAAGCAAAUGCGGUCUUUGCAAUCUAGUCUCUCCAUAGCAAAGAAAAGCCUAGCGGUCGAGGACUCUGCUAGAAACUCGGAUGCAUCGGUCAAUGCAAGUGACGCAACGGAUUGGGAUUCAAGCAGUAAUCAGUUCAAGAGUCAGGCAAGCAACGGAGGAGGGGGGAGACAACAACAACAGCCUAUGAGUGCUGGUCUUAGUGUGAUUGGACGGUUGGCGGAGGAGUUUGAACAGAGAGCUCAAGUGUUUGGUGAUGAUGCGAAGUUCUUGGUGGAAGUGAAGUCUGGUCAGGUGGAAGCGAACUUGAACCCAGACAGAGAGCUGAGGAGGUUGAAACAGAUGUUUGAGACGUGGAAGAAGGAUUAUGGAGGGAGGUUGAGGGAAACGAAGAUGAUACUGAGCAAGCUUGGGAGUGAAGAGAGCAGUGGUUCGAUGGAGAAGGUGAAGAGGAAGUGGUGGGGAAGGAGGAAUAGCACUAGGUAUUGAUUGAUCUGUGGAAUGAAGGUCGAGACUAUUAUUCUUACAGGCAAACUCUGGUCGUUUGCUGUUUAAGGAUUUGGCGGGUUUUUUGCUUUUUGGUAAUGAAAGUAGUUAAUGAUAUUUGCUAUUCAAUGUGAAGGAUCAUACAAAUGAUAACUUAAGUUUGUAAAUUACUUUUGUAGUUUUAAUAUAAUAUCCAAAGCUAAGUUUGUUA